ACACAUGAUUUUAAUACAGAUUUGAAAAUCAUAGAACCAAUAACACUAGAUUUAGUUCGAAUUUCAAAUCCAUUAAAAUACAACAACCAAUAAGCCCUACUCAAAUUCGAGAAAAAAAUUUCGAAUUUACAUAUUUUAUUUAAAUUUAUAAAUACUAUAUAAAUUUCUAAAUUAAUCAAAAUAUAUAAACCAAUAACACAUUCGUACCGGUGGAUUUUAACGACCUACUAAUUAAAAAUUACUACUACUAGUAAAGAAAAUUAAGCAAAAUAUUUAUUGCGUGAAAUAAAUGGGGCCGACAAACUAUUUAUUAAAAACAGAAAAUAAAUUAAAAACGGGAUGGAUUGGAAGUAUUACUGUUGAAAGUGAUGAAGAAUUAAAGUUUGACUUUCUUUCUUGUGUGACCUUGUGAGUUAUGACUUGCAUCAAAUAGUCACUAAAGUACUAUAAGAAAAGUCAAUGUCACCAUCAAUUUAGCUUCUCCUUUCUUGUUCUAAGAUAAUGCCAGUUGUCGUGCGAUGGUGAAAAUAGUAGAACCAUGUUUACAAAAGUGAACCGCUUGUGUUAUUGUUUGUUGGAUUAUGGUUCAAUUGACCUAACCGAUUAUUUCAGAAAAAUUGUCUCACCAAUCCCGUAUCAACAUGGAAACUGUAAUCCAAAAAACAAAAAUCAAAUAAAAAGUCAAAAUAAGUAGCAGCAACUUUGCUGUAAAGCAAAUUAAGCAAUGUACGGCAAGAACCCUAUGAAAUUUCUUGGCUUUUGAUUUAAUUCUCUUCUGCCGUAAUUUGUGUUAUUGUUUGUUGGAUUAUGGUUCAGUUGACCUAACCGACUAUUUCAAAAAAAUUGUCUCACCAAUCUCGUAUCAUCAUGGAAACUGUAAUCCAAAAAGAAAGAAGAGAAUCAAAUAAAGAGGCAAAAUAAGCAGCAGCAACUUUGCUGUAAAGCAAUGUACGGCAAGAACCCUAUGAAAUUUCUUGGCUUUUGACUUACUUCUCUUCUGCCGUAAUUUUAUGAAACUUUUUAUCGAUUAUAGAACAGUAUAUAAGUGUACACAAUAAUAAUAUAUAGAUGUAAAUAUUUCACAUACAUCUCGAUGUAAUAUAGAUGUAAAUAUUUCACAUACAUCUCGAUGUAUAUAUACCUGUCAGUUUCUUUGCAUGUGUAUAAUAGAAGGUUAAAACUACACUACAAUGUUAUGUGCAUAUGUGAUUGUAAUGAAAUAAAUAGUUUACAUCAGGUCCAAAUUCAAGGAGGUAUAUCUUUUGAAUAAUUAGCAAACAAGUAGAAAAUUUGAAGCACUUGUGCAUUUCUAGAAUUCUUUGUUGCUUAAUUGAAUAGGCUAGACGUUACUCAAUUGUGAAUAUUUGGCGCGCUUGGUCUUGGGUCCGAGGACUUCAGCCCAAUGGCAAAGAAAAGGGUGUUAAAAAGGAGCUCAAGAAUCAUGUGCGGUUCAUGUGAUCUCAAAGCCCAACGUCUCCCUUCUAUUUAUUGCAACCAUCUUUCUCGCUUCCUCACAUGUUAAUAUGUUAUUUUGAUUGGGACAUUAAUUAAUUAAUUAAUUAUUUAAUAGCAGAGUGCCUAAUUAGACUAGACGAUAAAUUGUUGAGUAUUUUUCUGUUGUAAAAAAACAAAAGAAAUAUUAAUGAAAAGAUGAAAGAAGGCGAAAGUAAGGCGAUUUGGAAACGGUUAUUCCUCAGACUUUGCACUGUUAUUUCGGUAACGGUUAUUGAUGUUUUCGACGGCGGACGACGGUUAUUUGCCCACUCCCCGACGGUUAUCCCCACGAUGGCAACUACACAUCGUGAUGCACUAAUGUAUUGGAGUUAUUCUCUGGAACCCUAUAUAUGGCAAUAUAGAAUCAGUCGAUUCUUUCACACACUCAAUACUAUCUUGAGCAAAUUCCUAUUGCAAAAGUACAGAAGAUUGAUAACAAUGGCGGAUAACCUUCACCGCAAUUUACAAGAGUUAGAUUUGGGUGUGGAAGAUGAACCAGUAGCGCUACCUCUGGAUGUGGUCAACCAAGCAGCAGCAGAGAACCGUUUCAUCAUCAUUGGGCGUCCUGUAAUUCCAAGGCGUCAAAACAUUCGUGCGAUCAUUGCGGCUUUACCACGACAGUGGGGACAUGCAGGGUUGGUUCAUGGAAGAAUUGUUGAAGGAAGGCGGUUCCAGUUUGUGUUUCCAUCGGAGGAAUCAAUGGAGAAUGUCCUCAGGAGAGGUCCCUGGGCGUUUGCUGAUCGGAUGCUCAUAAUGCAAAGGUGGUCUCCUCUGUUUAACCCUUUGAUGUUGAACUUUAUUCCCCUCUGGAUCCAGAUACGGGGAAUACCGCUCCAGUACAUGAACCAAGACGUAAUCAUGCAUAUAGGACGCGCGAUGGGGCAAUACAUGGAUGUGGAUUACAAUGCUGAGACGGCAGUUCGAGUGGAGUAUGCUCGUGUCAGAGUUAACUGGAAUGUUGAUCUCCCACUUCGGUUCCAGAAGAACUUCCAGUUCACUCCAGGAGUCAACACUCUCCUCAAAUUCCGCUAUGAGAGGUUAAGGGGUUUCUGCGAGGUAUGUGGAAUGCUCACGCAUGAUUCGGGUAGUUGUUUGAUCCAAAAUGGUGGAAUGGAUCAUGACUCUGAGGAUGAUGAUGAAGAUGAUAAUGAGGAACCACUACUUGUUCCUUUGGCGGAACAAGGAGUUCAGAUUCAUGAAAUCCAUGAGAUGAAUGAGGAGAACAACAAUGAGGAGAAUGAAGUACCCAAUGGGGUAGAGUAUCAGGUGAUGGAAGAUGAUGAAGAAUUCAAUGCGGAGCCGUUGGGAGACAUGUUUUCAGGAGAACAGGAGUCCAGUGAGCUUUCCAAUCCGGUUCCAAUCUACUCUAACUCCACAGGAGACAGUGCAGGGGAUAAUGCACGUCAAGGCAAGAGAAUCAUGGAGGAACCAGAUGAGAGUUCAAUGCAAGCGUUAUAUGAUACCAUUCCCCCACGAUCCAAGUCUCAGCAGGCACGAAAGAGGAAAGCAGAAGCAUCGUUGAUGGAAGAAGGUCUCCUCAAAUGUCCAGCUUUGGAGAGAGGUGAAUCUAGCGGUAAUGACACAACAACUGAUCAAGUGAGAGGCGCGGUGGGCCCUAAUCCACCAGCUUCACCAUGAAUACAACCGUUUGGAACUGUCAGGGUUUGGGUGUAGACCCUACAGUUCGACGCCUCAAGGAAAUACAACGGAAGUAUUUCCCGGACAUACUAUGCCUGCUGGAAACAAAACAAAAGGAUGACUAUGUGCGCGAUGUGGUAUGUGAUCUAGGUUAUGACCGUCAUGUAACUGUUCCACCACAAGGUAUGAGUGGUGGAAUUGCUGUGUUAUGGAAGAAGUAUGUAUCUGUUU